UGCUUAUCAGUAAAGCAGGUUCUUCCAUCAAACUCCUAUUAGUUUCAACUUUAUCUAGUGUUUUUUUUUUAAUUUUACCAACGAUGAUUAAAUUGGGGUCCUUGGCGCUGCUCCUUUUGGGAUUGAGCGCCGCCCACGCUACCGGUGGAGCCCUGACUGGAGAUAUCGGUGUUGGUGGAUUGGGAGGUGGAUUGGGAGGAGGACACGGAGGAUUGGGAGGCAGGCGAGCAGGCAAACUUGGCAAGGGGGCCAAGGGAUAUCUGAAUAGUGUGGGGCUGGGAGUGGGUUUGGCCAAUGGCCUACGUUAUGGGCUGGGAUACAGUGAUCAUGAUUACGGUUAUCAUCCUCUGGGAGUGUUUGGCGGAGUGACUCCAGCGUAUUCACCAUACCAUAUGCCAUAUUACUACGAUCCUCUUCAUGGACUGUACGGAGGACAUCACGGCCAUCAUGGACACCACGGCCUUGCGCUCCCCUAUGGAUUGGGACUCUAUGGACUGGGACUCCCUUACGGAUACGGAUUGGGACAUCUGGGAGGACAUCAUGGUCACAAGCACGGCCACAAACACGGACAUCAUCACCAGUACCAACCCUAUGGAGCGUAUGGAGCCUACCCUAAAUACGGUCUGCACUUCGGAUAUGAACUUGGCUACCAGGGCAAGCUCGGAUUCGUCAAGCUAAAGCGUGAGCAUGGUCCGCAGUACCAGAUCUCGUUCGGUCUGGGCAAGGCGCACCAGCACCAGCAUCAACCUCACCACUAACCCCAACACUAGAUAGUAACUCCUCUUUAGAUAGCUGAUAGUUCAAACAGUAAAAUCGCCAAUUCGAAGACCGAAAACAGGAAAAAAAAUACGAUUCAAAAUACACCGACAGCGACUGCCAGACGCAAGUUCACAACGAGAUCAACCCUAACACUCAGGACACAAGACGGGUACUAGUCUGCGCACAGUGAUACCUCGACAUCUGUAAGUCACAAAUUCAGCCAUGGUCGUUCUUUUUCUUCGAACCCUCGAAAACGACCCCGGUACUCCCAACUCAAGAUCAACGGGAAGCACCACAUCACAUCACCAAAACAAAAAUGCUGCGGCUGUGUGAAAAAAAACAAACUCACCCCAGCAGAAAUUGCAUGCCUCGUAUGUGUUCGACCUCUGGGUUUCUCGCAGUGAAGUGAAAAUUCAUCCCUCAUCUCAUCGUUAGCCAUGGUCAUCAAAAUCUCAUCAACAUCAUCACCAUAUCAUAAUGAGAAUCAUCCGGAAAACGAAUCCCCAGUCGAAUGUCGUGUACAACAAGAGGCGACGCACAUCUUUAAAGGUUUUCGAACACCCACCGAAUCAACUACAAAAUAAUGUAGUACAAGAGCAGAAUUAAGAAACUAAACGAUAUCGAAGCGAUUUUUGUUUGCAUCGAUGAACUCACCCUAAAUAUUCCCUGAGUUCUCCUACUACUUAAUUGUA